AUGUUAACUCGAAACUGUGAUGUAGAAUACAGAAUGUUAACUAAUCACUGUGAUGUAGAACACAGAAAGUUAACUGAUCACUGUGAUGUAGAACACAGAAUGUUAACUGAUCACUGUGAUGUAGAAUACAGAAUGUUAACUGAUUACUGUGAUGUAGAACACAGAAAGUUAACUGAUCACUGUGAUGUAGAACACAGAAUGUUAACUGAUCACUGUGAUGUAGAAUACAGAAUGUUAACUGAUCACUGUGAUGUAGAACACAGAAUGUUAACUGAUCACUUUGAUGUAGAACACACAUUGUUAAAUGUUGUGUGUUUAUAUACCUAUUGA